CAGCAAUUGGCGCCGCAAAGCCAAGCACGAUGCGCCUUUUGCCGAUAUUUCGCCGCGCUGUGGCCGUCACAGGACGCCAUGACGUGAUGUUGCUGAAGAAUAGCAUGACAAGACGUCACUUUGCAUUGCACAGCUCCAUCUUGGAUCGCAUGAGCUUGCUCACAGCGCGCUAUAAGGUCCUCUCAGACGAACUCAGCAGCAAUGAUGGCAACAUCCCACCGUCGCGUCUCGCGGACCUGUCCAUCGAGCUCGCUGAAAUGGAGCCUGCAAUCCACGCCAUUCAAGAACUCACGCAGCGCCAGGAUUCGAUUUCAGAACUUGACGAAGUCAUUGCCGACACGCAAGCCGACGAUCCGGAUGCCAAAGAGCUUCGAGAGAUGGCGACCGAAGAAAAAUUUGAGUUGCUGCAUGGUCUGGACGACUUGGAAAAGGAAAUCACACGUCUCAUGCUUCCCAAAGAUAAAGACGACGACAAGAGCGCCAUUUUGGAAAUCCGCGCCGGCACUGGCGGCGACGAAGCCGCGCUGUUUGGUGCUGAUGUGUUUCGAAUGUAUCAAAAGUACUCCCUUCUUCAAGGGUGGAAGUUUGAGAUCCUCACCAUGAGCGACACGAGUUUGGGGGGAUGCAAGGAAUGCUCCGUCUCGAUCACUGGCAGAGGCGUGUACGGUCGCAUGAAGUUUGAAAGCGGCACCCAUCGCGUCCAGCGCGUUCCCGUCAACGACUCGCGAGUGCACACCAGCGCCAUCACAAUUGCCGUGUUGCCAGAAAUGAAUGAGGUGGAGAUGAAGACGCAUUUCCUGCCAAAGGACAUUCGCAUCGACGUGUACCGCGCCAGUGGCGCCGGCGGACAGCAUGUCAACACAACCGAAAGCGCCGUGCGCAUCACGCACUUGCCCACGGGCAUCGUCGCCGCUGUGCAGGACGAGCGCAGCCAGCACCAGAACAAAGCCAAGGCCAUGAAGAUCCUCUGCGCGCGGGUAUACGACGGCGAGCGCCGCGCCGCGUCCAAGAACCGCGACGACAUGCGCAACUCAAUCACAGGGAGUGGCGACCGGUCGGAACGAAUUCGUACGUACAACUUUCCCCAGAGCCGCAUCAGCGACCACCGCGUGGAGGGCUUGUCGAGCUACGGCAUUGAACGCAUGUUGGAAGGCGAGCUACUCGACGACAUCAUCGACGCCCUUGUGCUCAAAGACCAAAACGACAAACUGCAGCACAUGAAUUCAAAAUUGGAGAAAAAGUAAUCUCAAAAAGAUAAAAUAUAUUUCUUGGACGGGAA